UUUCUUGCCUUUCUGUUUGCAAAUUAGCUUUUUUGUCCUUCUCCUGCUAAAAAGCUCAUUCAUCAAAGUAAUUAAUUAGAGCUCAUUUUUUGGAAUCUUGAUUUAUAUAUUCAUAUGAUUAUUGAUUGAGACACACAUUUGAUGGGUUCCCAGAUUUUCACUUUCUGAUCUGAUCUUAACAACAAGAGGCUAGAGGUGAUCUCUCUCUUCUUUAACUUCGCUGUCAUUGUGAUUCUAACAUAAUAUAUAGGCGAUCUGUUAUAUUUUGUAGAGGGUCAUUUAAUAAAUUCUCCUGGUAAAUUUGUCUCCCUGUGUUUGAGUCGUGGAAUCAGACACUGAUGCUUGUGUCAGGAUAGACACUUGGAGGUUGUGGCCAUUCCCUGGACCCCGCAUGAAUAUGGGAUGCUUCGUGGACCGUGCUGACUUGUUAUUGCGACAUCCCUUGUAUGGGCUACUAUACAUGUUGUAAUUUGGAAAAAUGGUUAGAAGGGGAACCUGAAAUUAUUGAUAUUUACAUUAAAGAUAAUUUGGAGUUUUGGACCAUUUCUUGAUUUGGGUGUGUCAUCCCUGAGCAGGGGUCAUGCUAAUCUUCUCUGUAUCGUUCCAAUUUUAUUGUCCCCGAAGGGACACAUAAAGAUAAUAAUGGUAUCAUAUCACUGGUCUAGAAGCAGAGGCAGAUCCAGUAUUUAAAUGGUUCCAUGAUUAAACUUUUUAGCACUGAACAAAACUGUACUUUUGAAAUUAUGGGUUUAAAAUUUAGUAUUUAGUGGAAGAUUAGUGAUUUUACACAUAUAUAUCUAUGUUCUGUUUCGAAAUUACUGGUUCACUUUACCCGGUGAAUACGAUUGACUCAUGGUCGAACUUCUGUUGCUCGUGAGAAUUCUCCUUUAUAUUACCUUUAAUAGAAAUUUUAGUUUUAUGAUUUAGAUUUCAUCAUGAGAUCCAAUUAUCUGCAUUUUUAUGUAUAGCAGCCAGGCUAUCUAUUUCACUUAUUUUGCUGUUGGAUGAGAGUAAGGGCCCUUCUCACCUCCUACGAGUCGUCCGGCGGAAAAGACUUUUUGAAUGGGGUAAAAGAACUUGGGAUCGUCGAUCUCUUCCUUAAAGAUUGGGAUGAGUCAAUGUCGGUUGAUGGUGUGAAAACACUUCCUGAUGUCGAUUUCCAAAAACCAUCGAGAGGUUCCCCACUCUUCUUUGAUCCGUCUUACGACGGAGCAGAAGCCUCGACAGCCAGUCCUUUGCUUGCACUUUCCGUACGGAAAGGCCAAGCUAGUUAUGAAAUAUUUUUUUCCCUUUCAAAUCCAGAGAAAUCUUUGACUUUCUGAGUUAUAAUGUACUGAAUUUUAGGAGAAUUAACAAGUAUUCCAUUCUCGGAAAAGGAACUUCAACAUUGUAGUGUCUGUAUAGGAGCCAUGACAUUUAGUUUUUAAAUGAGGAACUAUUUCUAAUUUUCAUGCCGGUUUCAAUUAUGUUAGAUUCUGAAAAGGAUUAACAUUUUCGUUGAUAGGUAUAUUUUAUCAAGGAAUAUGAUUUAUCAUUCCUUACUCUCAGUUGCUUUUGUCUUUAUUGUUUGGUGUAGUGUCUAUAUUACCACUUUUAUUUCUUUGGCCACACAACAGCCGGAAAUUAUCAAAGUAUGUAGCUACCCAAAGAGGAGGCAAUCAUGGAAGUAUUAAGCUGAUAUAGCAAUUCGCAGUGGUGCAGAGAGGAAAAUUGACACACAAUAUGAAACUUAAACUAGUUAAUUGAAAUGAAUGAAAUUUUAUGUGUCAGUGAUAUCAGUGUUUUUUCGCCUGUCAUAUUUGCUGAUGGUUAUUUAUUUCACCAGCCAAGAUCAUCCUGUCAUGCUUUUGAAGACUUAUUUGUUUUAGGAGUUUUCUUAUAUCCACUUUCAGUAUCUGUGGUACUAAACAUAAUAUGUUGUUUGCAUUUUUCAUCUCUUGGACAUGUCAGAAGCUUCUUUGAACAUGGACCCCCCUACAGGUGAAGGGAAAAUUAGAACUGCAGCACUUGAAGAUGUGAAAUUAGAAGAAAUGGACGAAACUAAACUAGCAGCACUUGAGGACGUGAAAUUACAGGAAGCGGAGGAAACUAAACCAGCAGCAAUUGAGGAAGUGGAACAGGACGGUGCCCUCUUCCGCUGUGAUCUAUUUGAUGCAGAAAUGGUUCAAAAGGUAGCGGAUGAAUUCCUUCCAGGAUUAGCCUCUGCCUGUAUUGACAAUACAACUGGUGGUUUGUUGAAUAGCCCUGCUUCUGUGGCUGUCGGUAUUAGAAGAGAAAUGGUGGACUAUCUUACCCAGAGAAGCGAGAUGUUUGUUGCGGAAUCUGUUGUUGGUGAAGGUGACUCAGUUGCUGAAGUGUCGGACAACCCUCAUGAUAUUAUAUCGGAUUUUAUCGAUGAUUUUGCACAGUCUAAGAGGAACUUUUUAAGUAGAGUAUCAUCAUGGAUGCUAAGUGAAAGGAGAGAGGAAAGGAUAGAUGAUUUUGUACAAGAAAUGGAAAUAAACGGCUUUUGGUUGAUGGCGAGGAGGAUAGCAGUGGCACAAACAGUGAUAAGAAAUAUCGACUUCAAGAACACUUAUCACUGUCCUAUGCAGUUUAAAUCCGAAGAAGAACUAACGAAACAUAUCUCCUCGUGCAGUUUCAGGGAAUUGAACUGUGAAAAUGAAGGAUGUAAUGCUCGAUUUAGUGCAGCUCAGCUGGAACUGCAUGACUCGACUUGUCCUUUCAAAAUUCUUCAAUGCGAGCAGAAAUGCCCAGAAAUGCUCAUGAGGCGCGAUAUGGACAGGCACUGUAUAACUGUAUGUCCAAUGAAGCUUGCUAACUGCCCCUUCUAUCCAGUAGGCUGUGUAUGUACUAUUCCUCAAUGCAAAACAGACCAACACCGUCUCGAGAAUCUUCAGUCGCACUUAAUUUGCAUCUUAAAACUUAUUCACAAGGAAGCAUCUUUCGAGGCUUUGAAGAAAAGGGCUGAACAAUUGUUGGAGGCAUCAUCACCUGGACGGCUAGCAGCUGCUCGUGAUGCAAGAUCAUUAACAGUUGCGAUCAAGAGUAUUGAUGCAAAGCUCGGACCCUUAGAAGUUGAGGAAAAUACAGAGGUCAAUGCAGAGGGCGCUGAGUUGAAAGACAGAGAAGAGGAUAGCACCGAUCAAUCCGCCAAAAAGGAUUGUACUAUAGACUUGUCACAUAAUGAUGAACAAUCUCCAGACAUACCGAAGAGUCAGCAAAAUUCCACAGCUUCACAAAACAAAAUAGAGUCACCUGACAAAUCAGAGAAAGUUGUGGAACCGACAGUUAAAACAGAUUCAUCUACAAAUGAACACUGUGAGAAAGAAGACUCGAGAGAUCAACUCCAUAACAAAAAUAAGAGCCCAGAACCUCUAAUAGAAAAUGAUGGUUUGAAAUCACCUGACAAAAGUGAAGAGUCUCUGAGCCCAUCCCAAAAACAUCAAGAUUUCACAACUUCAGCCCACAAAUUGGAGUCAUCCAAAAGUGAAGAGUCUCCCAAGUUGCCUGAGAAGAAUCACGAUUUAAUAGUUUCUGAAGAGAAAAAGGAGUGACAUGCCAAAACUAAGAACUUGGUGGAACAAAUGAAUCUCAGGCCACUAUAGACAAAUUGGCACCUGACUAAGGAAGAUUUAACAGAAUCAAUGUUGGAAAAGGUAAACAGCCAAAAAGUCUCCUAUAGAAAGAAAUUGCAUGUGUAGCCACCAAAUGAGAAGUAGAUCAAGCAAUUUUUGAGGUUACUGAACAGAUGGUCAUUUUCUAAAUGGGAGACUUGAGUACUUUCCAAUUUAGAAGAGUAACAAUUCUCCGACUCUCAGGCUGGAAGAUGGAAGACAAAAAGUAAGUACAUUGUUUCAAGAUUGUCUUUUUUUCAAAUCUGAGCUGGAGCAAGGACAUAGCAUAGGAGAUGGACGAGAUUUUUUUUUUCCAUGAAGUAGAUAAAGUCACAUACCAGUUUUCAUCUUCUUCAUAUUUCAGUGGGCAACCCCUUCGAUCCUUCAAAAUGGCAUAGUUUUGAUUUUAAAUUCUUUUUUCAUCUUCGUACAUUGAUCUUACGACGACUUUGUCACCUUUUUAGCCUGUUUAAGUGUUAUUUAAUUGAUAGAUAUAAACAUUUUUCUAGUAUAAAGGAUAACAAGUAGGUUUUCGCUUGCUUGUAAUUUCAUUUACCCUAUGUACAAGACAUUUAUGUUUUUCGCUGGUAUUGAUUGGCAUUAAUUUGACUUUCACUCCCAUCAAAUGCA